CCAGGUUUCUCAUAUCAUCGGACUGACGGCUUCACUCACAAUUUUGUCUUUUUAGGGGGGAGUUGUCGAUGACGUCCUAAACAAGGAAAUAAAGAGAGAGUGUUGUGGCGAGUGAGGAGGACCGCACCAUGGCCUCCUGGUUCAGCUGGAGCGAGCCUCACCAGCGCAUCCCCCGCAGGGAGCCGGCCGACGUGGUCACUGACACGCUAAUGGUCGAGCUGAGCUGGCAGCUGAAGGAGGCGGAGAGGCAGCAGAGAGAGAGGGAGAGUGAGUACCGGCGCCUCAAGACCGGAGUGGAUUACAGCUGGUUGGCCAGCGCGCCACGCUCGUCCUAUAACAUUAGCACGGGGGAAAGGCUGGGCCUGGAGGACCUCUGCUCCAAGGUGCCGCCAUCUUGCUGUGGACUGGUCAUACUCAGGUUCCGCGACGCAAUCCAAGCCAGCGAGCCGGAAGUGCAGGAGGUGUCGAUCCUCUUCCGCUCUGUCCUUCUGGAGGCUGUGGAGCAAUUUAAGGAGGAGCAGGAGGCACAAAGGCUUGCUCGCCAGUGGAGCAAUAAACGCACCAAGAGUAUGUCGCUGGUGAACUUCAGGUCCCGCAUCAAGAUCAACCCCUUCGGGAGCACGGCAGGCCUGAUUUCGUCUGAGGGAACCCGUUUGAGCGACCUGAAGACGGUGUCGGAAGAUGUGGAAAGAGGGACAGAGAAGGAGGAGAGGGUUUGGAGCAUGCCGGACUUCCGAUUAGGAGCAAGCAGUAGUAAACUUGUCUGACAGGAGGACCAUGAUGUGGCGAUGGGAGAAUUGAGUCCCAUGACCUGACUCGAGUCGGACUUAAGUCCGUUUCUGACUAAAACGUACUUGACUCACAGACUUGAACUUGAAUAAGUCUUACAUUGUCAAAUGUCAGUUCUUAUUUUUGACAGAUUUUUCUUUUUGUUUAUUUUAUCCGUGCACUGUAUUUUUAUGUCUAAGCAAGAAAUAAUGUCCCGCCCCCAUCACUCUGAGGAUGAGUCACUCUUUGCACUCUUUCUCAGCACACAAUGACCACGCACAACACUCCCCCACACAAGGUCAGCCAGCUGAACGCUUUGCUUCUCUACCUUCUCUUUACAAGCUGCAAAUGAAUGAAUGCUAAUAAAAUAUUACAAGAGAAUGCGAGAAAACAUUUGAUCGGUUUAUUUUCAUUUUGGUCCAUGAACGCGUUCAACUGGUUCGAAACAAUA